GCCCUUUCGCUUCGAUUUCAUCGCAUUUCAUUUCUCCUUUCUUCGUUAAAAUCUCUUGAAACAAAAAGAAAAACCUUCUGAUUGUGGUUUUGGAUAGGAAUGGCGGCUGUUACGCUUACCGGUUUGUUGAAAGACGUCGCCGUGAAGUUCCCCUCCCGGACGGCCAUCUCCGUUUCCGGCAAGUUUAAUCUUAGCCAUGCUCGCCUUGAUCAACUCGUUGAACGUGCCGCGUCUUCCCUUGUGGCUGCCGGCGUUAAGCCCGGCGACGUUGUUGCCCUCACCUUCCCCAACACCGUCGAGUUUAUAAUUAUGUUUCUGGCGACAAUUCGGGUUCGGGCCACGGCGGCGCCAUUGAAUGCAGCCUACACGGCGGAAGAGUUCGUCUUCUAUUUGUCCGAUUCGGAGUCAAAGCUGCUGUUGACUCCCAAGGAAGGAAAUGAGGCGGCUCAAGCCGCGGCUUCCAAGCUCGAGAUCCCUCAUCUUACGGCGUUGCUUUCCGAUGCUGAAUCGGAUAUCGCGCUCGACCCGAUUCCUUCGGAGUCGGACCCUGACGCCGUGUCCAAAAUCGUUAAUGAUCCCUCCGACGUCGCCUUGUUCCUCCAUACUUCUGGCACCACGAGCCGGCCAAAGGGAGUUCCAUUGACUCAGUUUAACUUGGUUUCUUCAGUGACAAACAUUAAAUCGGUAUAUAAGCUCACCGAGUCAGACUCGACGGUGAUCGUGUUACCCCUUUUUCAUGUGCAUGGUCUAAUCGCCGGGCUUCUGAGUUCACUCGGAGCCGGAGGCUCCGUCACCCUCCCAGCAGCCGGCAGGUUUUCUGCUUCAACUUUUUGGUCAGACAUGAACAACUACCAUGCUACAUGGUACACGGCAGUGCCUACCAUUCACCAAAUCAUAUUGGAUCGACACUUAAGCAAGCCCGAGCCUAUCUACCCUAUGCUCCGGUUCAUUCGCAGCUGCAGUGCAGCUUUGGCUCCAUCUGUGCUGUCUCGGCUGGAGGAAGCAUUUGGCGCCCCUGUUCUGGAGGCGUAUGCUAUGACAGAGGCAACUCACUUGAUGGCUUCAAACCCAUUGCCUGAGGAUGGGCCUCAUCUCCCUGGUUCGGUUGGAAGACCCAUUGGUCAGGAGAUGGCUAUACUGGAUGUGAAUGGUGUGCCACAGGAGGCUAAUGCACAUGGUGAGGUUUGCAUUAGGGGUCCAAAUGUUACUAAAGGGUACAAGAACAAUCCCGAGGCCAACAAAUCGGCUUUCCAGUUUGGGUGGCUCCAUACUGGUGAUCUUGGAUAUUUGGACUCCAAUGGGUAUUUGCAUCUUGUUGGCCGGAUCAAGGAGUUGAUUAAUCGUGGAGGAGAAAAGAUAUCUCCCAUAGAAGUAGAUGCUGUCCUUAUUUCUCAUCCAGAAAUUGCUCAAGCCGUGGCUUUUGGAGUCCCGGAUGACAAGUAUGGCGAAGAGAUAAACUGUGCCAUAAUUCCAAGAGAAGGGUCAAACAUCAAUGAAGAAGAGGUGUCGAAAUUCUGCAAGAAAAACCUUGCCGUGUUUAAGGUUCCAAAGAAGGUGUUUUUAACAGAUUCUCUCCCUAAAACUGCCACAGGGAAAAUCCAGAGAAGACUUGUAGCCGAACACUUCCUCGCACAGAUCUCUACGGCUAAGGUCCCCAAGUUUGGCGCCUGAAAAACACUUGCUGCUGAUCCUCAAUUGUUGGAAGACCCGUUGGUUCUCUAUUGUCUUCUUAUACUCGUAGUACUAGGACGAACGUUAGUCCUAGAUUUUUUCGUUUUUUAAAUAUCUUUAUUCUACAGCUACAUUAUUUGUAGAAUAAACCAUGAAAUGGGGUACAAGGUAGCAAAAUGAUUGUACCCUUUUAACUACAAGUUUGUAUCAGAUAGAAUUGGAUGGAACUAUUGGUUAUAGCUUUGUU